AUGGCCCCGAAGAAUCAGAUCCUGCUCCUUGCAAUCUCUGCCUUUCUCCUCCUCACAUCUGGAGGUAAGGUCCAUUGACAAGGGAUUGGAGAAGGAUUUUCACACAGAAAGCAAUUCCUAAGCGAAGACCUGGCAAAGAAAGGAAUCUCAUUUCAAAAAAAUGGAGAAGAUUGGUUGUUCCACAUGCAAAAAUGGCAGGGCCAAUUUAGGCGUCAUAUUUGUUUGUUGUAGAAAAACAUGAGGGAAAUUUAGCCAAAUAUUCAAUCCAAUCCAGCUGUAUGUAAAAAAUUAUCUGCUGGAAUUCAGUGUCUAUAUAUGUAUGCAGAAAGCUGGCACAGUACAGGCAAAAGAUAGGAGUUCAGUAAAUCAUAAAGUUGGUUCCAGCAAAGCAAUCCCAUUAGUGCAAUGAUUUCUGCCUCAGAUGCAACCUGUUGCUUGACACUGCUCAGUGCUCAUGGCCCAUGUCCAAGACCUCUCUCCAUUCUGAUCACUUCCUCUGGUCACUCAACCUCUUUGUUCCUUAGUGUUCCUUAACAACAUUCCUCUUCUUGUCUGUCAGCCCACUCAACCUCACAGCUUAUACUUCCCUGUUAUGUCUGAACAGGUCCUUCUUUCUCUAGUCAAGUGUUCUUCAAACUUGGGUCAGCAGAUGUUGUUGGGUGGAUAACAUCCUCUCAAUCUCCCUAGUCAGCUUAGCCAAGGGUCAGGGUCCAGAGAUGAUGGGAGCUGCACUCCAACAACAUUUAAGGAUCCAUAGUUGAAGAACAAUGCUCUUGUUCCUUUGAUCCACAGACUUCAGUCAAGAUGAGUUUCUACUUCCUCACAAAAGCUAAAUUCUUUAUGCAAUGGCAUGACAGUGACUCAGCCAGAAGGGAAAGCCCAGGGAUGAUGAAAAUGGGUGACAUUUCACCUGGAUGACCUCUGGCCUCAGGGUUUCUUUUCUGCUGUAUACAUGAAGUAUUGUAACAAAAUUUGUCAGCUAAGGUUGUUUGGUCCUUUCUUAGCUGAGAUUUGGGUUGGCAAGAGAUUUGAUCAUGUACAUUUUGUCUUCCCAAGCAGAUGCUUUGUUAUGUACGAAAGGCAAAACCAAUGUUCUAACCAGUGAGGCUGGUGAACGAACUGUCUGUGAAGUGCCGUCUGGACCACAUGCCUGCUAUACCAUGCAGGAGUUUAGAGGUAAUCUAUAUUCCAGAGCUCCAACUGCAUAUACCCAAACUGUUGGAACUCAUCUCCCCAAACUUUCUCUUCUUUUGUUUUUAUAAAACAAAGAGGGAAUUCUUGCUGCAAAAAUACUAGUGUUCUCUCAAAAGAUGGUGAGAGGGGGGAUACAGUCCCAGAAGCCCACUGUUAGGCAUCUCCUUCUUCCUGCCUAUUGAAGCCGCACAGCACAGUCUCAGAUCCUCCCACUUUGGAGGAUUUGAGGCUGGAUGGUUGGUUUUUGCACUUUCAUGAAUGUCUUCCUUGCAUGCAGGGAAUCUUUUUGCAAAGCAGCAGAACUGCACAGGAUCCUCCCACAUAAAGACAAGCUAGACUGAUCCUGCAAGGUGCACACCUUGGUCCAAAGUACAGCAUGUUUGUCUUGGGCCAGGGUUAAAGUCCUCUCUGAGCAGUGGACCCUUUUCCCCUUAUCUCAUCUCUGGAGGAAGGAGAAUGCGAGUAGCUUACUCAAGGUGUAUCUCAUGAGGACAUGCAAAUUUUAGACAUUUUAUGUUGGCUGGUUUUAAGGGGGGGGACAACCCACCAUCCACUUUAUUUAUUUAUUUAUUUAUUUAUUUAUUUAUUUUUAAUUGAUUUCUUGAUGACAACAAAAAGUGCAAACAAGCAAAACAAAUUAUCAGAAUUUUAAACCAUAUAGCAUCACAGCCUGGAAGACCAAAAUACAAAGAUACAGUGUGCCUCCAAAGGGACAAUAAAAUAUGAACUUGAACUCAUAUAAAGAUUCCUUUUACAAAUAAUAAAGAGUAUUCGCCAUCUGUGAAUUUCAUUAUUAUUGAGAAUAAAAGUUCAAUAUAGCCUUAAAUGAACCAGCCAUUUGCGUAUACUGACGACACAAAGCGCUCAUGUGCCUCAGUACAAGUAUAGGAAAUAAAAUAUAUGAAAUAUAUGGAAAAAGUCAUUUGAGCAGUGCCUUUAAGAUGCUUUAGUUUAUGAGAUACCUAUUCAAGAAGGGCAAUUUGUCAAACCCUUUUUUUCCUUAUUUUCUCUCUGGAUCUCGUUCUAGGAGGAAUGCUGUCUGUAAUACACCAAGACUGCUGUCACAACUGUAAGCCACCUGUAACUAGUACAUUUUGUGAUAUCGAAGACGAAUAUCCAAAACAGAAGGUGGCCAUCAAAAUUGACUGCUGUGACGACCAUGACUACUGUAAUAUAAUUGGAGAUGGGCAAUAA